GCGUUACGAGUGCGACGUGUGUGGCAAGGCCUGGCGGAGCCCGAGCAAGCUGGAGACCCACCGGCGGGUGCACACAGGAGAACGCCCCUUUGACUGCUCGGACUGCGGCAAGAGCUUCAAGACGGCGAUGGUCCUGAAGAGACACCGGCGGUUGCACACGGGCGAGAGGCGCUAUGGCUGCUCCACCUGCGGCAAGAGCUUUAUCCAGUUGUCGGGGCUGUGGGAGCACCAGCGGGUGCACAGCAGUGAGCGGCCCUUCACCUGCAGCGACUGCGGCAGAAGCUUCACCAAGUCCAGCAACCUGCUGAGGCACCAGCGCACCCACACCGGGGAGCGGCCCUACACCUGCGCCCAGUGCGGCAAGGGCUUCACCAGCUCCACCAGCCUGCUGAGGCACCAGCGCACCCACACCGGCGAGCGCCCCUACACCUGUGCCCAGUGCGGCAAGGGCUUCACCCAGUCCAGCCACCUGCUGCAGCACCAGCGCACCCACACUGGCGAGCGCCCCUACACCUGUGCCCAGUGCGGCAAGGGCUACACCCACUUCAGCAGCCUGCUAGAGCACCAGCGCACCCACACCGGCGAGCGCCCCUACACCUGCGCCCAAUGUGGCAAGGGCUUCACCAGCUCCAGCAGGCUGCUGAAGCACCAGCGCACCCACACUGGCGAGCGCCCCUACACCUGCGCCCCGUGCGGCAAGCGUUUCAGCCAAUACGGCAAUCUGCAGACGCACCAGCGCACCCACACCGGCGAGCGCCCCUACAGCUGCGCCCAGUGCGGCAAGGGCUUCAUCAGCUCCAGCAGCCUCCUGGUUCACCAGCGCACCCACACCGGCGAGCGCCCCUACACCUGUGCCUAG